GAUGGAGAUAUGGAAGUCACAAGGAGUUCACACUUCGAAUGAUGACCCGAGGAGGUGGCACCUAGGUAUAGGCUGUUGAACCGUCAGCAUGCUCCAAGCUUGGGAACAACUGUCGUGAUCGACUUGCAGGCGUACGAUUGAACAUGUGAGCACUGCUGAUGUGCAUUCGCACGAACCAUAGACUUCAUCUAAUGCUGCUGUGUGAUAUCGAACGUCAGGAAGAUUCUCAUGUGCUCAAUUUUGAACGUCGUAGUUUUCGAAAGGGCCUGACGCUUCGGAUCGAUGGAGCGUCGGGUGAUGUGAUCGACGAGAUGACAAGCUUCGGAGUGUUCAAUCUAUGCACGAGCAGGCAGGUGCUUGUGUAGACAGUGAGCUCUCGCGUGGAUCCUGCUUAUCAGGAUGUGUCGUUCGUGAUCUGUCGUUCGUGAUCUGUCGCUCGUUAUUUGUCGUUCGUGCUCUGUCCGGUUCGUGAUCUGUCGCUCGUGACAGAGAGCAAACCAAAACUGAGCAAGAGAGAACGACGAGCACGCAACGAUAUGAAGAGCAUAGGAGGAGAGCACAUGCUAAGAAAGUCCCGAUCUGAUUAUCAGGAGGUUCAUCACGAGGUGAAAAUGGCCAGGAUCUUUCAUAUCCUUCGUUUUUUUCAACUUCACCGUGUCAAGUCGCAAAAUAUCAAUCAUUUGGUCCUGUAUUUCGAAAUUGGUAAUCUUUGGCUCCCGCAAAAGAGAUCGCUUGUUUCGGAAUUAGUAGCAUACAUAGAGGAAACCGCGCUGGCUCCCGAAUUAUAUCGAUAUUUUACAUGUUCAUGGGUUCAACUUGCAAAAAGUCAGAGCUUUGAUGUACCUUUCCAAAGUAUUUGCUGUUUUACAUUGACAUGCUCCUGA